AUGGCAAUCUUCAACGAUGCGACCGAUUCCCAAGACCCGUACGAAACCGUAGAUGAGACGACAGCCCUUCUAUCACCGCGAAGCAAAGCCCCAUCGGCCACAUGGCGCCCGUCUCGCGAAGCGUUGAGGCCGAUGGCUCGGGAAGCCCUCGUCCUCUUGAAGACAUCAAUCCCCAUCAUCGCAUCGUACAUACUCCAAAACUCGAUUCAGACAAUCUCAAUCAUAAUUGUUGGAAGGUCAAGGCCCAAAGACCUAUCGGUAGCGGCCUUUGCAUACAUGUUUAGCACCUGCUCUGGCUGGCUCAUUGGCAUGGGCGGCUCCACGGCCCUGGACACACUUGCCUCGGCAGCCUAUACAGGAGGCGGCGACAAGCAUCACGCGGGUGUCCUCUUGCAGAGAUGCUUCAUCGUCUUGACGAUGCUCUACCUGCCCGUGUGCGUGAUCUGGGUCUUCUCCGGUCGGUUAUUCAUCCUCCUGGGGCAGGAUGCCGACUUCUCCUGGGAGUCGGCCAAGUUCCUCACGUAUCUGAUUCCGGGAGGCUUUGGUUAUAUAUAUUUCGAGUCUCUGAAGAAGUACCUGCAGGUUCAAGGAUUGAUCCGCCCAGCCACCUACGUGAUGCUGGUUGUCUCUCCCUUGAGCGGUCUCCUAAACUACAUCUUCAUCAACAACUCCAAGCUCGGGCUGCUCGGAGCACCAUUGGCGACCGGGCUGUCCUACUGGAUAUCUUUUGGCCUCCUUGUCCUGUACACAAGUUAUAUUUCCGGCCACGAGUGCUGGGGAGGUUGGAAUAAAGCCUGCCUCAAUCACCUGGGCGCUUUUACUCGCAUCGCUCUCCUGGGCAUCAUCCAGCUGGGAACCGAAUUCUGGGCAUUUGAGAUCGUCGCGCUCGUGGCCGGCAGCCUGGGUAAGCUGCCCCUAGCCGGCCAGAGCGUCCUCAUGACGGCAGACGGGGUCCUCGUCACCAUCCCCUUCGGCAUCGGCGUGGCCACCAGCGUACGUGUGGGUGGCUUCCUCGGGGCAAAGGACCUCGAGAGCGCCCGACGCUCGGCGCACACGUCGUUUGUCCUUACUGCGACGAUUUCCAUCUUCGUCUGCCUGCUCCUCAUACUGACCCGGAACCACUUUGCGAAGAUAUUCACCAGCGAGUCCGAAGUCAUACGCUACGUCGCUCUGGUGAUGCCCUGGAUCGGCCUCUUCCAGAUCACCGACGCCCUCAACGGGAGCUCGGGGGGUGCUCUGAGAGGCAUGGGCAAGCAGCACAUCGGGGCUGCCGCGAAUCUCACCAGCUACUACAUCAUUGCACUCCCUCUGGGCUCGUGGCUGGCGUUUCGCGGCUGGGAGCUGUCCGGGCUGUGGAUAGGACAGUGCAUCGGCAUGGGGAUCGUGGCCUCUGCCCAGCUGGUCUUCGUACUUGCGACGGACUGGAAACUGGAGAUUGAGCGAGCCUUGGAGCGGAUCAGCGAGGAUGACAACACCGCACCGCCGGUCUGA